UUUUGGGGAGAUGAAUGUAAAUUGGAUCAUUGUUUUGUGUAACUAGAAAAUGCAGAUGUGUGACAUCCCUGUGCGGCGGCUGGUGGUCUUUGUGCUCCUGGUGCUGCUCCCCACCGGGCUGUGUGAGCAGAACCAGAGUCGCCGAGCGGUGGCCGAGCACCAGCUGCUGCACGACCGCGGUCGCAACAUCCAAAGCCUCAAGCGGCUCAUCUGGCUGUCGGGGGCCAUGGAGGGGCUGCACACGGCUCAGACGCGCUCGCUGGUGGCACCGGUGGCCCGGGAGGCCCCCGAGGACGAGGACGACCCUGACGUGGCCGCUCUGCUACGCCCGCUCCUCAGAUACUUCUUUCAGAGUCCUUACGGGACGCGCGCGGUCCAGCGAGAGGCCUGAACCCCUCGGCUCCGUCAAAACCUGACUCGUCGCUUCAAAAUGGAAUGCGGUAUAGUGGAUAUCAAAAGUCUACACACCCCUGUUCAAAGGCCAGGUUUUUGUGAUGUGAAAUAAAUGAGAUCAAGAUAAAUCAAUUCAAAAGUAUUUCCACCUCAAUCCCCAACAGAUGGGGGGGGAAGCAUUUAUAUUCAUUGCAGACAGUUUUGUAUGAACUAGCUACAAGUGGCACUUGAGUCAAAGUAUAAUGUAUCUAUGUAUUUACAAAAUGUAUGCGUUGUCUAUAUCAUGUGUUUCUCAGUCGAGUUUUAGCUGCAUGCGAAUGCUGUAAACAAGACCUUCAGUGUGGAAAUAGGCCAUCCUUUGUCAUCUGUUGUCACG